AUGGACCAAGAUGUUAGGUUCUAUGAGAGCUUGAUGCAAGAUGAUGAUGAUGACCCGGUAUAUGACUAUGAAUCUGAGACUUUACAUACACCUAUUUCAUCAGAUGAUGAAUCUAGCAAGCAUAAAUUUUCUGAGUUUGAUGACGAUUAUGAGCAUGGAGAGGGGAGGUUUGAGUUAGGGACAAGGUUUGCCACCAUUGACAGAUUUAAGGAAGUUGUAAAAGACUCAUUCAUUGCUGAGGGUAGGGAGCUAAGGUGGAUUAAGAAUGACAAAGAGAGAGUGAGGGUGGGAUGCAUAGAUGAUGAGUGUCCAUGGCUGGUUCAUUUAUCAUACAAUAAGUCUCUGCAAUGCUAUCAGGUUAAGACUUACAAGAAUGACCAUACAUGUGCAAGGGACAUGGGAAGUAAUGCGGCUGAUCAACAUUGGAUUAGCUUAAAGGUUGAGAAGAGAAUGAAUACACAGCCUCAUAUGAGAACAAAUGAGGCUAUUGACUUCCUCAGAGAAGAAUUCUCACUCACUGCACAUCCAAAAAUGGUGUACAGAGCAGUUAGAGAGGCAAGAGAGAGAAUCAUGGGUAAUGAGAGGGAGCAGUAUAGUAAUGGGUUCAAAACUGGGUGUAGGCCAUUGAUACAUCUUGAUGGCUGCUUUCUGAAGACUUAUUAUGGUGGACAACUCCUCACAGCAGUUGCCCAGGAUGCCAAUAACCAAUUUUACGUGGUUGCCUAUGGAGUAGCUAAGUCUGAAACUAAGGAAUCCUGGAAGUGGUUCUUGACUCUUCUCGAAGAGGAUUUGGGGGAUGUGCAGACUCAUGGAUGGAACUUUAUGUCCGACCAACAAAAGGUAAACUUGAUUAUUACUUAG